AUGCCCCCUGAGGACUUCAAGAUGAUCAAUACAUCAACCAUUGGCGUUGACUAUCGUACCAAACUGUUACAGAUCGAUGGCAAACUAGUCAAAGCACAAUGUCUCGACACAGCAGGACAGGAGCGAUUCAGAUCCAUUAUCUCUAGGUAUUACCGUGGCGCUGCAGGCGCAAUGAUUGUAUAUGAUAUAACAAAUAGGUCAACAUUUGACCAGGUCGUUCAUUGGCUGGAACAGUUCCAGCAACUUGGUGAUGAGGGUGCACCUGUGAUGAUGGUCGGAAACAAGUCGGAUCUGGAAGUUGAACGCAAGGUACCGAAACAAGAAGCACAAGACUUUGCCCAGGCCAACAAGAUGCUCUAUGCCGAAACAUCCACUGUUAGCCAGAGUAAAGGUAGUGUUGAUCAAGCCUUUGAGGAUUUGUUCACUGCAAUAUACAGACACAAGAAGGACAACCCAUCACCGUUCCUCACAAAUAUCUCAUCAAACCCUGAUCAACAGAGUAACUGUAGUUGUUGA